AUGGCGCCUCUGCUCUCAGUGGCGCUUCUCUUCCACCUCCUCCUAACCACCCAAAUCCAAUCCGCCCUAGCCGAGCGGGUGCAGUACUGCCGCUUCGGCCACCAAGACGGCGAGGCCGACUUCUGCAUGGGCGUAUCAAGCUACCUCAACGCAACCACGGACCAGCAUGACCUGUACAUUGCCCUCUCGGUGCGGCGCUCGUCCGCACUCGGCUGGACCGCCGUCGGCACGGGCCCCUCCAUGGCCGGCGCGCUCAUGUUCAUAGUCUACGGCGACCCCUCGUCGGGUGACCAUGACCCCGUGGUGAGCAUCCGCACCGCCGACGGCCAUCACCAGCCGCGCCCCAUCUCCGACUCCACCGGCAACACCACCACUGGCAUCACGACUGGGCCCGACAUCCGCAUCACCCACGCCAAGUGGCAGGCCCUGCAGCACGAACCUAGUAGCCGUAGUCCCUCUCGCCGCCACGGAGACGAGGACAGCAAGUCGCCGCCCCCUCCCCCACCACCAGCCACCGGACCGACGCACGCAGCAGUGAUAUCACUCACGUGCUAUUCAUGCACCCUCUUUAGCGGGUCACGCAUAGACGCAACGUCCUCUUCGCAGCCAUGGAUCUGGGCGUGGAACGACCGGCAGCGGUUCGACUUCUCCUCUUCCUCCUCGGAAGCCUACGCUCCCGACACACACCUCGACAUGCACAAGCACCGCGCCGACGGCGGGGGGUUUGGCGUCUUUUACGUGGACAUGGCGCGCGCGAGGCAAUCCCUGGUCAGAAUGCAUGGCUGGGUGAUGGGCGCUGCGUUCCUCGUGGGGUUUCCGGUCGGGGCGGGAUUGAUUCGCUGGACGAGAGGUGCGGGUAAGGGGGCGCCGUUCAAGAGGCAUUGGGUUAUGCAAUUUGUUGCGACGGGGCUUGCCUGGGUUGGCGCAACGGUCGCGGCUGUCAUGACGGGCGGGCGGUUGCCGAGGACGGUGCAUCAGUGGCUUGGGGUUGGGAUCGUGCUGGUGUUGGGGUUACAGGGUCUGCUGGGGUGGCGGCAUCAUGUCAGGUUUUUGAGGAUACGGAGGAGGACCUGGGUGUCGCAUGCGCACAUCUGGUUGGGACGGACGGUCGUCGCAGGCGGAUGGGCGAAUGUGAUACUGGGCAUGUUGCUCGCUGGUCGGGGCGCAUUGACGGUCGUGCUGGCGGCUGGGCUCAUUCUGCUAGAAGCGGCUGGUCUGGGUUUCUUCUUGUGGAGGGCGCAACUGGCGGCUGCAAAGAGGUCGGCGCCAGGCACUACUGGCGGAGCGGAAGUCCAUGCUUUGAUGCCGAGGGAUGGCAGCACCGAUGACUAUUUUGCUCUGGAGAUGAGCGACGAGGAUGACGAGGACGAUAUGAGCGAAACGGAAAACGACGAUCUGAAAAGGAGGUUAGGGAACGGGAGCAAUAAUUCCAAACGGACCUAG